AUGUUGUUAAUGGCAUUAGAAUUGUAUUCUACCGUAAUGAAUAGCAUCGUACAACAAAGAUAAGAGAGAAUGACUCACUUGAUUAUAGAUUAUAGUGUUCUGUAAGUGUUUUGUCGUGAGGUCUGGUGUAUGUACGUGUGUGCGUGCGUGUGUGCGAACGUGCAUGCAUGUGCUUGCGUGUGUGUGUUUGUAUGUGUGUGUCUCUGUAUGUGGCUCUAGUAAAAUAAUCACUCUAGGAAGUGGCAGCAUGUUGAGGAAUGGAUUCUUAGAGCACACACUGCCAGGCCUCUGUUCUCCUCUCUUCUGAUCUCCUCUCCUCUGUUCUCCUCUCCUCUGUUCUCCUCUCCUCUGUUCUCCUCUCCUCUGUUCUCCUCUCCCCUGUUCUGCUCUCCUCUGUUCUCCUCUCCUCUCUUCUGCUCUCCUCUGUUCUCCUCUCCUCUCUUCUCCCCUCCUCUGUUCUCCUCUCCUCUGUUCUCCUCUCCUCUCUUCUGCUCUCCUCUGUUCUUCUCUUCUCUGUUCUCCUCUCCUCUGUUCUCCUCUCCUCUGUUCUCCUCUCUUCUGCUCUCCUCUGUUUCUCCUCUCCUCUGUUCUCCUCUCCCCUGUUCUGCUCUCCUCUGUUCUCCUCUCCUCUCUUCUGCUCUCUUCUGUUCUCCUCUCCUCUCUUCUCCCCUCCUCUGUUCUCCUCUCCUCUGUUCUCCUCUCCUCUCUUCUGCUCUCCUCUGUUCUUCUCUUCUCUGUUCUCCUCUCCUCUGUUCUCCUCUCCUCUGUUCUCCUCUCUUCUGCUCUCCUCUGUUCUCCUCUCCUCUGUUCUCCUCUCCUCUGUUCUCCUCUCCUCUCUUCUGCUCUCCUCUGUUCUCCUCUCCUCUGUUCUCCUCUCUGUUCUCCUCUCCUCUGUUCUCCUCCACUCUGCUCUCCUCUCCUCUGUUCUCCUCUCCUCUCUUCUCCUCUCCUCUCUUCUCCUCUCCUCUGUUCUCUCCUCUCUUCUGCUCUCCUCUGAUCUCCUCUCCUAUGUUCUCCUCUCCUCUGUUCUCCUCUCCUCUGUACUCCUCUCCUCUGUUCUCCUCUCCUCUCUUCUGCUCUCCUCUGUUCUCUCCUCUCUUCUGCUCUCCUCUGAUCUCCUUUCCUCUGUUCUCCUCUCCUCUGUUCUCCUCUCCUCUGUACUCCUCUCCUCUGUACUCCUCUCCUUUCUUCUGCUCUCCUCUGUACUCCUCUCCUCUCUUCUCCCCUCCUCUGUUCUCCUCUCCUCUGUUCUCCUCUCCUCUCUUCUGCUCUCCUCUGUUCUUCUCUCCUGCCCCCCCCCCCACACACACACACAUACACACACACACACACACACACACACACUCUCAUUUGUGAUAGGUAAUUAAUAUUUAAGAAUUGGCAAGACAUCCAUUUUCCUUCCACUGCUUAAUUGUCUUGAAAAUGUAGGAGAUUACAGAGAGAGAGAGAUUUAUGUUCAAAUAAGACUCUGUCAGGACCCGUCAGCACCACGCACACCGGCUGGCUGCCACUGAACACACACACAAUCACACACAGUUAGUCAGUGACACACACACACACACACACACUCACAGUUAGUCAGACACAUAAACAGUUAGUCAGUAACACACACACACACUCUCACGGUCACACACACACAAAAAUGCACUUAACAAAUCACUCUCACACACCUACCCCCCCACCACACCACACUCACAACCACUCCCAGACCCCAAUUCUUCUUCGCUCUUUCUCCAUUCCAUCCUCUAUUUCUCCCAUCCUCCCUUCCAACCUUCCUCCCUUACUCUUUUCCUCCUCCAAAGAACAAACAGAGCCAAGCAUUGUCCAUAUUUCUGAUAGUUGUCUGCCUGCAUCAGAACAGAUCUGUUCCCUUUCCCACCUUUGUGUUUAGCCUUCCAAAUCCACAGGUAAUUGACUUUUAAUGUACAAUUAAUGCUGAGCCAUUGAUCACACUGAAUCUGAGCUGUGUUAAAGAGAGAGAGAGAGAGAGAGAGAGAGAGAGAAGAGAGAGAGAGAUAGAUAAGAGAGAGAAGAGAAGAUAGAGAUAGAAGAUAAUGUGCAUUAGAGAGAUAGAAUUUGCAGAGAGAGAAUUUUUAAUAUAGCCUUAUUAUCUUCGUUCCUUCUAUAUAGUUUCGUCAGAGAGAUACGUGCGCUCUCCUUUAUGGGGGCGCUCUCUCUAGGGGGGAGCGCGCAAUUAAGAGAGAGUGAGAGUUCUCUAGAGAGAGAGGUCUGUAGUGGAUCGACAGCACAUAGGAGCAGAGUAGAGACGCCCACUUUGACAGCCUGCUUUAGUUUCAGAUGGGUGACAAGGUUCAAGGAACGUUAGUGUGUGAUCACUUGUGUGCCUGUGUGAACGUGAUACAUUGUAUCAUAGCAGACACAUCCUCCUAUAUGAGGCCUAUCACUUCAUUUCAAUUUGGCCUAUGUAAUGGAGAACAUCAACAGUAGUAUCUCUUUCUCUCUUUCCACACUGCUCUUCCUCCACACCACUCUUCCUUCUCCUCUAUCUCGAUCUCCCCCUCUCUCUCUUUCUCUCAAUCUACACUGCUUUCCCUCCCUUUUCUCUGCAGUGCCUGUUGGUAUGGAAGGCCUGUCUCCAACUGCUCUUCAAUACCCCCCCUCCUCCCCCGCUUAGAGCACGAGGGAGGGAUGGGGAGAGAGAGAGAUAGGGAGAAAGAGAGAAAAGAGAAAGUGUGGGGGAGAUGGGCAGUUCUGCCAGGGUGUGUUUUCUUCUUUCUCCCGAGAGGGCCCAAUGAGCCGGAGUGAUUAUAGCCUUACCAUUGUAAUCUCACAUCUUAUACCACCUCACCCCUCCUCCUCCUCCACCUCCCCCCUCCCCCGUCCUCCUCCUCCUCCUCCUCCUCCUCCUCCUCCUCCUCCUCCUUCCUCCCCCUCAUCCCCCCAUUCAACUAAAUCCAAUUUGUUAUGGUUUCAAAUGAGGCCUGUUCUCUGUUCUCUUGCUACUUCACCCCAAAGUGCCUUCUCUUACUCUGAGACCAACUUAAAUAGGUGAAUUUGUUUUAUUCUUCAGAGGCUGGGGCAAUCUUGUAGCGAUGUACAAUGAGGACUACAGUUCUAUAGCACUGGUGAUAUUAGUCCAGCUGCUGCUGUGGCUUUGGCAUUGAAUACCCUUUCAUUGCUAUGCGGCUGGGCCGAUCUGUGCAUUUUGCUCUACUAUCAAAUGCAGGACCCUCUCAGUGUGUGUGUGGGCUGCUGAAGUUCUUGAUGAGCUUUUCUACCGUUCUUCUCUUUGUUGUUCUUUAGCCCUUCCAGACACUGUCUGUUCAGUAGACACUGUGCUCCUCAGUUGAGUUCAGAUCUGUUCACUCUCACAUUUAAAUCUCCUCCUGGGACUCGAAGGGACAGUGUUGCUGUGUUGGAGGGAUGGUGAUAGGAGCCGAAACAUCGGGGCUGGCUGAAUUAUAUUUCAUUAUUAUAAAGACUAAGCAAGAACAAUAAAAAAUAAAAAUAAAUCUCUACAUUCAACUUAUUUUGGGUAAGCAGCUCACAUAUAGCUUUAUCUACAUGUUUUUCUUGGUGCAGGGACUCCUGACCUCAAGUGUCAGAGGGAAACAUAAGAAACCCUGUUAUACAACAAUAACAGUGUUGACAUGCAUAGAGUGCUACACACUCCCUCCAUACACACUUUAAUCAAUUACCCCUAUAUUCUCUCCUCCACUUUACUUUGUGUAAAGUUUGGAAAAGGCCCUUUCCUGUUUCAGCAUGACAAUGCCCCCCUGCACAAAGUGAGGUCCAUUCAGAAAUGGUUAGUCGAGAUCGGUGUGGAAGAACGUGACUGGCCUGCACAGAGCCCUGACCUUAACCCCAUCGAUCACCUUUGGGAUGAAUUAGUGCCCGACCUCACUAAUGGUCUUGUGGCUGAAUGGAAGCAAAUCCCCACAGCAAUGUUCCAACAUUUAGUGGAAAGCCUUUCCAGAAGAGUGGAGGCUGUUAUAGCAACAAGGGGGGACCAACUCCAUAUUAAUGCCCAUGAUUUUGGAAUGAGAUAUUUGACGAGCAGGUGUCCACAUACUUUUGGUCAUGUAGUGUAGAUGCUUCUGCACCAGGAAAAGGUCUCAGAGAAAACAAUACUCUGUCGGGCGUUAUCGCUGCAAACUAUCUAUUAAUAAAAUGUUGUGUGACUCAAGCUCUUCUUUUUGAAUUGUUCAAUAAAAAAGUAUGAAACUUUGCCGAGGCCCAAUACACUAUUAUGAAAUGGAUUCUCCUUCUGAAGAGUCAAAUCAAUUAUGAUAGUUAAUUAAAGUUUUGCAUAUCUGAUUAUAUUGGUGAUAGUUUUGUGUCCAAAAGAUAUGUGAUGUUAUAGCUGAUAAUGAUGAUGAUGAUGAUGGUUAUGAUAACAGCCAUGAAGAUGAUGGUGAUAAUAAUGAUGAUGGUGAUUAUGAUGAUAACAGUUAUGAAUAUGAUGAUGAUAAUGAGGAUGAGGUUUAUUUUGCCGAUGUUUCUUCACUGUUCAGUAACAGUGUAUGUUGGUGUGUUUUGCAGGGUAUGAUAUACCUGGAGGAGAGGAGACUGGUGCACAGAGACCUAGCAGCCCGUAACGUGCUGGUCAAGUCCCCCAACCACAUCAAGAUCACUGACUUUGGUCUGGCACGGCUGCUGGACAUCAAUGAGAAGGAGUACAAUGCUGACGGGGGCAAGGUAAGCAUGGCCAGGAAAACAGAAUGUGUGCUCCCUGUAUUCUAAUCUCACUACUCGCUCCCCUCUGUCUGUUCUCUGUCACUUCUAUUCUUCUAGAUGCGUGUAUUCCCCUCACCGUAGUGUGCUGAGUGAAUAGCACACACACCCUCCUCUUAAAGUAAUCAAUAGGAUGUGUCUCAAAUGGUACCCUUUAUAGUGCACUUCUUUUGACCAGACCCCUAUGGGCCCUGGUCAAAAGUAGUGCUCUUUAUAGGGAAAGGGUGCCAUUUGGGACACACACAAGAUAGCCCAGUGAAUCAGUUCAGCUGUUUAAACUGCAGCCAGCCUCCUGCGAUGUGAUGUGAUUCUCAUCCCACUGUGUUGUGAGCUCUCUGUGGGGGGCAGCUCUUAGGCCUGGGGGAGAAAGGGCUUUAUCCUGCCUGGGUUUACUCCUCUCCUCUCCUCUCCUCUCCUCUCCUCUCCUCUCCUCUCCUCUCCUCUCCUCUCCUCUCCUCUCCUCUCCUCUCCUCUCCUCUCCUCUCCUGUUCUAUUGUAUGAUAAUAAUGAUGAUACUGUUAAAAAGGUAUUUCAAAGAAACCUGAGCAUAUGACUAUAGUAAAUGGGAUAUACUAAUGUGGGCAGACAUCUAAACUGGGUUGUGGAAGCGUCCCAAAUGGCACCCUAUUCACUUUGUAGUGUUUGUAGUGCACUACUUUUCACAAGGACCCAUAGAGUGUAUAGGGCUCUAGUCAAAAGUAGUGCACUAUAUAGGGAAUAGGGUGCCAUUUGGGACAUUACCCUGGUCUCUGACAUCACACUAGCUAUGUUUCCAUUAAUUGUCGACAUUUAGAAAGUUCGCAUUGAAAAUAGAUGCGACAAUUGCCUGCUAGCGUGCGUUUAUAUGCAAUAAUAAUUUACUGAUAUUUGCUAUAUUCUAAUAAUUAUCAUGUGCCAGCGUAUCGCCUAUAUACGUGCAAUGGUGAAACUUGCACUCCUGUAGAUCUGAAAUAAUUGGAUGGUGAAACUUGCCAGCUAACCAGAAAAGCAAGGCGGAGCAAUUCAGGCAUUCUUGAAUGUCAGAACAAUCCUUGUCUGGCAAACAAACAUAAUUGUUAUAGUUGAAGACAAAUAUUUUGCAAGCAGUAGGCAUUUAAAAUGAAAUGUGGAGUGGAGCUUUAUAGUUACGUGAUGACAUCAUGUUCCCCGCGUACCUUUAAAAUUAUUCAGCAAUCAUAAUUUAUUUGAAAAAUCACUGCUGUCGAACGGAUACAAAUGUUGUCAAUCUUUAGAAAAUGUAUCUUAUAUCUGCCAUUUCCAUUACACAUGUCAGCCCAAAAAAAAAUUACGACAUUGCUUUUUUCGAAUAAACCUGGGUCAAUGGAAACCUGCCUAAUGACCCUGCAAAAAUGGCAAAGUGUGAUGGUUUUAGAAGGCUUUAGCACAACAGGAGCUUGAUGCUGUGGCUUUGCUGAAAUUAAAUUGUCGUUUUGUAUUUUCGUUUGAGUUAUUUUAGCUCAGUGGGCUUUCAUUCAUAUUUAAUUUAUCUCGUAAACAUCCACUAUAACUGCCUUGUUGGCAAAGUAUUCGCAGCAUAUUAACACACAGGCCUAUAUGGCAUGCAAUGUCACGCCCUGGCUCUGGGGUCUCUUAAAUGUUGAGCCAGGGUGUGGACUUGUUAUGUUUAGUUUUCAUUGGGUCUGUUCUAGUUCGUGUUUUCUAUGUUGGCCAGGGUGGUUCCCAAUCAGAGGCAGCUGAUUCUCAUUGUCUCUGAUUGGGAACCAUACUUAGGCAGCCUGUUGGCACUAGUUAUUUGUGGGAUCUUGUUCUGUAUAGGUUUGUUUUGGUGUAGAACCUUUAGACUUCACGUAUCGUUUUGUUGUUUUGUUGUGGAUGUAAAGUACUCAUUAAAAGAUGUACGCCUAUCACGCUGCGCCUUGGUCCGGUUCUUACGACGAUCGUGACAGAAGAUCCCACCGUAAUAGGACCAAGCAGCGUGUGCAGGAGCAAACGCCGGGUAUGGAACAGGAGGUUACUCUGGUAGAUGUCCUCCUCGGUUGGGGGAGAAUCACAGAGGAGGAGGCCGUCCGCUACCGGAGGGCGAUGAGGGAGGAUGCCCAGGCAGGAGAGGAGAAGCGGCGCCAACCGGGUCGUCGUCGGACAGGCGAGAGGCAACCCCAAUAAUUUUUUUUGGGGGGGCACACGGCAUGGACGACGGGGAUGCUGGAGGCAGCUACAGGACGUAUCGGCGGAUUAGGAGAGGAGGCCACCAGGUUUGGGGGGCUGGAAGGGAGGUUGGCGGAGCCUAGAGGUAGAGCAGAGCCAACUCCCCGUACUCAGGCUAGGCAGCGUGAGACUGGGCAGGUUCCGAGUUAUGCGGAGCUGCGUACUGUGCCGUGAGUGGUCCGGCACAGUCCUGUACGUCCUGUGCUAGCACCACGCACGUGUUGUGCUAAGGUGGGCAUGCAGCCAGGACGGAGUGUGCCGGCUCAACGCUCGUGGCCUCCAGUACCCCUCCUCGGUCCCGGAUAUCCUGCGCCAGUGCCACGUGCUGUAGUGCCAGUACGAGUGCACAGCCCUGUACGUCCUGUGCUGAUGCCUCACACAGAGUGUGUAGAAAUAGGCAUUCAGCCAGGACGGGUUGUGUCAGCUCUUCGCUCCAGACCUCCAGUCCGUCUCCACAGUCCAGUCCGGCCUGUUCCUGCUCCCCGCACCAAGCCAGUGGUGCGCGUCGUCAGCCCGGUCCGGCCUGUUCCUGCUCCCCGCACCAAGCCAGUGGUGCGCGUCGCCAGCCCGGUCCGGCCCGUUCCUGCUCCCCGCACCAAGCCAGUGGUGCGCGUCGUCAGCCUGGUCCGGCCCGUUCCUGCUCCCCGCACCAAGCCAGUGGUGCGCGUCGCCAGCCCGGUCCGUUCCUGCUCCCCGCACCAAGCCAGUGGUGCGCGUCGCCAGCCCGGUCCGGCCUGUUCCUGCUCCCCGCACCAAGCCAGUGGUGCGCGUCGUCAGCCAGGUUCGGCCUUUUCCUGCUCCCCACACCAAGCCAGUGGUGUGCGUCGUCAGCCCGGUCCGGCCCGUUCCUGCUCCAAGCCAGUGGUGCGCGUCGUCAGUCCGGCACGGCCCGUGCCUGUUCCACCGGUGCCUGGUCCGGCACCGGUCAGCUGCUCCACUCCGGAGCAACAGCAAUCCGCUCCACCGGGGUCCAGUCCAGCUCCGGCCAGCGGGGCCAGACCAGACCAGGGGCGCUACGGGGGGGUAGCGAGAGAGUGGUGGUCACGCCCGGAGCCGGAUCCGCCUCCGAGGCGGAAUGCCCACCCGGCCCCUCCCCUGUUGUGUUUGGUUGGCGCGGUCGCAGUCCGCGCCUUUGGGGGGGGGGUACUGUCACGCCCUGGCUCUGGGGACUCUUAAAUGUUGAGCCAGGGUGUGGACUUGUUAUGUUUAGUUUUCAUUGGGUCUGUUCUAGUUCGUGUUUUCUAUGUUGGCCAGGGUGGUUCCUAAUCAGAGGCAGCUGAUUCUCGUUGUCUCUGAUUGGGAACCAUACUUAGGCAGUCUGUUGGCACUAGUUAUUUGUGGGAUCUUGUUCUGUAUAGGUUUGUUUUGGUGUAGAACCUUUAGACUUCACGUAUCGUUUUGUUGUGGAUGUAAAGUACUCAUUAAAAGAUGUACGCCUAUCACGCUGCGCCUUGGUCCGGUUCUUACGACGAUCGUGACAUGCAAACAGCUUUAGUGAAGGUUAAGUUGACCCCAAAUGGAUCAGUAAACAAAUAGCGACUUUACUCCCCUUUCAGACUAAUCUGAACACGGCUCUAUAACUGUUUACUAUUCCUCUAAUAGGAACAACAGGAAAACUCACAGGAGAAAAAUACAUGCCUAGUAUUUAUAUAGGGUCAGAAUUGGACAUCAUGGGCUGAUUAAGCCUAGUCCUGGACUAAAAAGCAUGCUCAAUCUGGAUUAAAAAGCAUGCUCAAUCUGGACUAAAAAGCAUGCUCAAUCUGGACUAAAAAGCAUGCUCAAUCUGGACUAAAAAGCAUGCUCAAUCUGGACUAAAAAGCAUGCUCAAUCUGGACUGAAAAGCAUGCUCAAUUGAAUAUCUCCAUGAAAUAGCUUUUUACUCCAGAACUAGGCUUAUUCUUGUCCGGAAAACUAGCCCUUUGUCUUUUAUUCAGUUCACUCCAACGUUUGUUACAAAAUAAAAGCUAUUCUUCUCUUUACUUGUAGAUGCCUAUAAAGUGAAAGCCAUUUCUGCGUAGCUAAUUGCCUUCUUGCAUUGCGUACUUACAGUAUGUUGGGUAUAAAUUAGCCAUUAGUCAGACAUUCAGAAGUUCAAUAAAAUAUGUGUUUCUCUUUGCCUCCAGAUGCCAAUCAAGUGGAUGGCCUUGGAGUGUAUCCACUACAGGAAGUUUACCCACCAGAGUGACGUGUGGAGCUACGGUAAGGCUGGGCAUUAACAUAAAUUAAAUCAAUCAAUCAACCAAUCAAUCAAUAAACAAACCAUUCAAAGUGUUUUUACAGUUAUGUGAGAGCUCUGGUGAAAUCAUAAGAUAUCCAAUGUAUUUAUUAUAUUUGGCAAAACAAACUUGAACCUUACACCUUCUCAGGGGUGACCAUUUGGGAACUGAUGACGUUCGGGGGGAAGCCCUAUGAUGGCAUCUCGACCCGGGACAUCCCAGACCUGCUGGAGAAGGGAGAGCGUCUGCCCCAACCUCCCAUCUGCACCAUAGAUGUCUACAUGGUCAUGGUGAAAUGUAAGCUACCCUGUAUAACCCCCUCCUUCUCUCUCUCCUUCUCUCUCUCUCUCUCUCUCUCUCUCUCUCUCUCUCUCUCUCUCUCUCUCUCUCUCUCUCUCUCUCUCUCUCUCUCUCUCUUUCUCUCUCUUUUUCUCUCACUCACUCAUUCACUCACUCACUCACUUUCACACACACACACACACACACAUACACACACACACACACACACACACAACCCCGCUGCUAUGGCCCCAGCCCUAUAGGGUAGGAUCACAGAUGGUACUAUGCCCCCCUGUCCAGGCAGAGAGACACCAUGCCAGCACUACCCUUGUGUUUCCUGGCUGUACUCUCUCCUCUGGCUGUGACCCCUCUCUCUCCUCUGGCUGUGGCCCCCCUCUCUCCUCUGGCUGUGGCCCCUCUCUCUCCUCUGGCUGUGGCCCCUCUCUCUCCUCUGGCUGUGGCCCUUCUCUCACACAUUGGGGCCAGGGUGUCACUGACUGACCUACAGCCUCUGUCACCUUCCUCCAUGAUCCUGUGCCCAAUGCCCCUGUAGUACCCACACCAACCUCUCCCUCAUCAAACCAGAUGGUCAAAAUCAAAUCAAAUGUUAUUUAUUUGACACAUGCUUUGUAAACAAAAGUAGCAGCAGUGUGUGUGGUGGUGAGUGUCUGUGAGUGUGUGUGUGGCGUCAGCAUGCAUGUGUGCGUGUGUUAUGUGUGUGUGGGCGUAUGCAGUGUGUGGGUGUGUAUAUGUAUGUGUGUGUUGGGGGAUUAGGGUAUACCCUCUCUCUCUCUCUCUCUCUCUCUCUCUCUCUCUCUCUCUCUCUCUCUCUCUCUCUCUCUCUCUCUCUCUCUCUCUCUCUCUCUCUCUUCUCUCUCUCUCUCGCUCAUUUACUGUUUCGCAUUGAGGAAUCCUUCUACAGUAUACCUUGUCCGUGUUCUCUAUCUCUAAAGGUCUUUGUUAUCCCCUCCAGGUUGGAUGAUAGACGCAGACAGCAGGCCCAAGUUCAAGGAGCUGGCUGCAGAGUUCUGUAGGAUGGCCCGGGACCCCCAGCGCUACCUGGUCAUCCAGGUGACUUACCUUACUUUACUGUCUAACACCCAUCCUUAUCCUGGGGAGUAGAGUGAAUGAAAAAACUCUGAUGUGUGGAUAUCAUGAUUUUCCAGUAAUUUGUAUGUCUCUCCCUCUCCUUCUCCCCCACCACCCCCCUCCCUCCCCCCUCCAGGGUGAUGACCGUAUGAAGCUCACCAGCCCCAACGACAAUAAGUUCUUCCAGAGCCUGCUGGAUGAGGAGGAGCUGGAGGAUCUGAUGGAUGCUGAGGAGUACCUGGUCCCUCACGCCUUUAAUAUCCCACCACUGGCGUACACACCCAGGACACACGUUGACUCCAAUAGGGUAAGGCUCCACUCUCCUCUCCCCUCUUCUUCUCCUCUCUUCUCUCAUCUCCUCUCCUCUCCUCCUCCCCUGUCCUGUCCUGUCAUCCUCUCCUCUCCUACCCUCUCUUCUCUCCUCCUCUCUCCUCUUAUUUCCUCUCCUCUCUUUUCCUCCUCUCUCCACUCCUCUUCUUCCAACAGGGUAAGGCCCUGUGUACAUAAUGCCCUUCUCAGAAUACAUUCUAUUCUAUUCUAUUAUAUUAAAAUGAUUUUCAAAAUGCCUCUUCCCUAACUUCUUUCCUUAGAAGCCUGGCUACAAAGUGUCCUCUGAUAUUUAAUCCCAGUCUCAUACAACCGAAGACAAAGAUCACACUGAGCUACUCCAUCAUUCAACCUGUGUCCUCUUCAUGAUAAACUCCCCUUAAAUUCUACCUUAAAGUGUUUUCUUCUGAUGUCUGUUUCAGUACAUUGUGUUUGACUGGUUGAUUUCCCAUGUGGGUUGGACUCAUCUGUUGCACUGAAAUUGAGUUCCACUUCUCAGGUUGUAACUGCAGUGUAUAUUACCACAACAUACAGUACAUACACAGACAGAAGCCUGUAGGGCUAUGUAAAACCAAGAGCCACAGUAUUUAGUGUGUUGCUAUGGGUGAUGAGGAGGAAGAGAGGAGGAAAACAGAGGAGGUGAUGGGAGGAGUUGACAGAAGAGGAGUGACAGAGGAGAAAUUGUUACAGGCUAAAGGGUUCACAGUGUGAGGUCUGGAGUCUAUUCUCCUCAGUAAGAGAAGGAAGAGCAGAGGAGGUUGAUUUCUGAUUGUGGUGGAUGGGUACACAGCGUGAGAGAGUCUCCUGUCCUCAGUGAGUGCUGACUACACACCUGCAGACCACCGCUGAGACUGAGAGAUCAGAAGGGGGAGGAGGUGACGAGGGGGGGGUAAAGACCACUCACCCACAGGAGGGGAGAGGACAGGGGAGGAUGGAGGAGGAGGGUGAAGAAGGGAUGAGGGGGGGAGAGUGUUGUAGCAGGGUGAGAAGGGAGAAGGAGGAGACUGACUCUCCCUUGAACCAAUACUCUUGAACACAAGUACCAACACUCAGGAGUGUGUAUUAAACCUCUUUGUCCUCUUAUGCCCCUGCAGGACCAGUUGGUGAACCAGGACCCUAGCUUCACCCACAGCCCAUCAGUGUGUACAGUACAUUAAACCUCUCCUUGUUUCCCUACAGAACCAGUUUGUGUACCAAGACCCUAGUUUCGAUAUGGAGGACAUGUUGGGGACCAUCCCGCGGGUGCUGUCCCUGUCACCAGGGAACCAGUCUGUAGGGGGGCAGGGCGGUAGCGGCCCGGAGCACCAACGCUUCGAGGACCAGCGCUGUAACGGCACCCUGAGGAAGCAGGCAACUCCCCGGCCCGCGGGACCUCCUGGAUCAGACGGAGCACCAGGUAACGCCUCUUUUAGCACUGUUAUUUUAGCUUCCUUGAUUCUUAAUAUAUUUUGUCUAUUUUUUAUUGUUUGUUUGUUUGUGUUUUAUUUGUCUAUGUAGAGCGUUGAGAUUCCUAUGUAAUGAAAAGCCCUAUACAAAUACAUUUUAUUAUUAUUAUUAUUUAGCCUCAGGUCCAGGGGAGAGCAGCAGUGGACAGCGCUACAGUGCAGACCCCACCAUCAUGCUGGGGGAGAGAGGAGCUAGAGGAGACACCGACCAGGAUGGAUAUAUGACCGCCAUGAGGGAGAAGGCCUCCUCAGGUACAACAUGUCUUCACUAUUCAGUGUUUUCCUUUCCUCAGGUAAUGUCAUGUACAACAGGAAGCACUUCUUAACUGUUUAUGAUGUAUUUCCUUGAUAAAGCUUUUAUCCAUAGCCACAGACUUGGAUUUGUAUAUUUUUGGGCUUUUGGUUCUGAAGCUUGGCAGUAACUGUUCCAGUUAGACAAAAAUUCUAAAAUAGGUGAAAGACCACUGUUCUGAUCCUUUCCAAUGAGCCUCGUCUGUUACCAGAGGGGUGUACUGUUCUGUAGUGUACCUGGUGACGUCAGAUCCCAGGUUUCAUCAUCUCCACCCUUCACCCUUUGAUCCAGACAGCUGUAGAGGCCUACCCACCAUCACCCACACACACACACACAAACAAACAAACAAAAAAACACACACACACACUCUCACACAUAGAGGCAUGUCAGAGGCUAGUGAAGAGAUCCGUAAGAUCAAAAUACUGCAAACCUUCUGUUCAUCCUGUGAAAGCCUCUCUCUAUCUCUACCUCUCUCUCUUCCCCCUCGCUCUCUCCCCCUCUCUCUUCCCUCCUCAACACCCCCCCCCCCCCCCCCCCCCCCCCCUCUCUAACAGACUAUCUCAACCCUGUGGAGGAGAACCCGUUCGUGACGCGCCGGAGGAAUGGAGACGCCCUAACCCUGGACAGCUGUAACCCCUAUCAGGUGGACUUUUUUAUGACUAUUUGGACUAUUUCUUAUGGACUACUUGCUCCUCAAUUUUUCUACAGUUUUUUUUUACUGUUAUCGACAUUUCCCCCCUCCCAUUUUUUAUCUGGUAAAGUGUGUUGUGACCCCUGCUAAUCCUUAGGAGUCUAAGCCAUUGUUUCAUGAUAUCUACUACCCAAACACAUGGAAUUGUUGUAAGAUAGUAAUAACAUGGACCAUCUAGCUAUUUGAAAGCACUUUAACUAAACUUUGACUUGACUUGUCAGGUGGCCCCCAGCGGCCCCCAACAUGCCGGCUCCGGCCCCAGAGUGGAGGACGAAUACGUCAACGAGCCCCUCUACCUCAACACCUUCCACAACCCCGGAGGCCCAGGUCCAGGUGUGGGAGACUACAGUGACUACACCCUGAAGAAGAAUGGGGUCACUGGGGGACACAACCCUGCCCUCGCCACCCUGGUAGGCCAGCCAGGCGCCACUGGCCUCACUGCUGGCCAAUCAGGCACUGCCCAGGCAGGAAACCCUGCUCACAACGUCCAGGCAGCCCACGCCCAUGGAGUCUCUGCACAACCGGGAUACGCCGUACCUCCAGGGCUCGGUGCGGCCGGCGCCCACCCAGGCCACCCCUCCCACCCAGCCCACCCCGGGUACACCCUUCACCCCGGCCUCACAGGCACCAUCAUGUUAGACAAGAAAAAUAGACAAGACAAGAACAAGACGUUUGAAAAUCCAGAGUACUGGCAGCAUAGCCUCCCUCCCAAGGCCACCCUGCACAACCCUGAGUACCUGCAGGACUGCAGCACACGCUUCUUCUACCGGCAGAACGGACGCAUCCGGCCCGCAGUGGCCGAGAACCAGGAGUACCUGACAGAGUUCGCCCUGAAACCUGGGACCGUGCUGCCGCCCCCACCCUACAGACAGAGGAACACUGUGGUGUAA